AUUAGAGUAUUUACCCAGACCAUGCGAAUAAUAUAAUUUUCUAAAUGAUAAAAAUGUUUACAUGGGUAAAUAAAUUGUGACACUACAAUGGAGGAAGAGAGGUCAGUAUGAAAAGUAUGAAAUUAUGUAUGUAGGGAGCCGUCACUAGCCACAGCAGGGGGAUUGAUUACAAGAGCUGGCAGGCCUUGUGUGUUAUAACAUUAGAGGGUGCCAGUGAAUGGGUGCAGUCGGAUUAAUAGAAGAAACAGUUUCAACAAUUUCACUUACACAAACACUGAAGUCCUGACUCGAUGCAGCGUUCCUGAAGAGAGCCUCAGCUGUUGCCAGGCAACCGACAACCAUUUGUAAACAAUAAACAGCAGGGGCCUUGUCUCUGAAAAGACUAACUGACCACCCAUUUCCUGCAGUAGCUGCUGUUUCUCUCGUACGUUACACACAUUAUACAGUAAGGCAUGAGCUCAAACACACUUUCUGCCGUGUUAGAGAAGCAGAUUCACCGCCUGUGUCUGAAGGACUUCCCUUGUGGAUACGGCAGCUGGAGAAAGACAGGAUACGGUGCAGGGGGAGCAGAGACGGAGGAGACAGACGCUCUCCUGGAUCUGCUGAGCUGCCCUCACUCUCCAUGGUUGUAUGAUGAAUCGUGGAGUCCUCAAGCUCCGGCCCUGAGACAGCUGGCCGUGCUCGCACCUGAACGGCUGCACGCUGGCUUCAUAUAUAAUUACUUUACCACACUUCGCAUUGUGGACAAAGGCGUAUCAGUCAUUGACGACGGCCUGUUAAAGUUCUCAAAGCUGGAGGAAUUGGUGCUGAGCGCCAACAAAAUCUCAGAUAUUCCUGCAGUAAACCUUCCCAGCACCUUGAAGAUAUUGGAGCUACGUGCCAACCAGUUGUCUGCUCUUAACAGUCUAACCAGCUGUCCGCCUCCUCGCCUACACUACCUCGGCCUGGCCUCAAACAAGCUGCGUACCCAUGAAGACGUCUCUCAUCUCACAGGAAGACACUGGCCGCUGCUGGUGUGUCUGGACCUGAGUGACUGUGAGUUUCAGGACCAGCAGACCCUGCUGAACGCCUUGAGCACGCUCCCCUGCCUCAGGACGCUGGUGCUGGAGGGAAACCCCUUCAUUCUUGCAUGCUGCUACCCGGGCUUCACCGUGGACAGUCUGCCACAGCUCUCUUGCCUGGACGCCUCAUGGAUCUCCCCUGAGGAAAGACAUUGUUUCAGGGGCAUGGCCAAGAUGAGUGGUCUGAUAGUGGACCGGGCAUCCGCCACAGUGAGCGUGGGAAGGAUGAGAGGAAUCCCAGACCCGUUGUUGAGUGCUGAUGAAAACACUCCGGACUUCCCUGUUGUCACCUACAGAUAUUUUAUCACAUACGAGUUCCUUAGUCAUCAAACACCCAUGAACCUGAAAUUGGAUAGUGAGUCUAAAUUUGAUGCCGCAGCCACAACACACGUGACAGACGGAGGCUCCAGUGAUGCUGACUUCAAUCCAAACAAGAAAGAAACCUCCAAACUUGACAGACGUGACUCGAUGUGUACUGAGGACACCUGCCGUGAUACUGCACAUGUGUCGAGACACUGCACAUCAAAGCUGACAUGGUCUGAGUCCAUGGACGUCAGUGACACACAAACAUACAUUGUAAAAGAUCUAAGUGGCUUAAAGAGAUUUCUCAAUCAAGGACUUUACCUUAGUAUAGAGGAGGAAAAGGUCUUAUCGUGGCCUGCAGUUUCGGAGGACGUCACAGUGGCCAAACCCAGCCGGACUGGAAAAGAAAAGAAAGGCGCUAAAGGGAAGGAGGUGACUCAUCAACUGUUGGCACCCCUUGCAUUAGUCAGCUGGUGGCCCACCCAUGAUCUCCAAUCAAAUCUGGUUCCACCAAAGACAAGUCUAAAGACAAAAAGAAGAAAUCUUUACCAGAGCUGGUCCAGGACACCCCCAUCAGAAGAAUCCUUGGCUCUGUCCACGUCCCCUUGCAAAGCCUCAUCAAAAGAGGUCAAAAGGUCAAUGUCCUCUGUGACUUUGGUGCUUUGCACACAGAGCCUGAGGUGGAAGCUAUACAGACCCCUGAAAAGGGUCCAGGAAAGAAGAUCAAAGAGGACAAGAAGAAGGAGGAAAAGGAAUCAAAGCACAGAGGAGGCAGUGAUACUAAACAGAGGAAUACAGCAUCUUCAAAAGGCAAAGGGAAGGGAAGGAAGGAAUGCGAGAUGGAUGUCCUUACAGACAACUCUGUGUCCGUCCAACUGGAACCAGUGACUGUGGAGUUGAGUGUGGAGCUGGAGAAAUGGCAGUCUGCGUCUGAAGCUUAUCAAUUACUACAUCUACACCAAAACUCCCAAAGCAAACAGCCUGUUUUAUCUUAAACAUUAAACCAGCUCACUAUUAUAAAUGUGGCUUAUUUUCAGUUUGACCUGAAGUUAUUGAACUUGGCCAGGUUAGUUUUCAGGCUUCAACAAUGGUACGAUCUACCAACCGGUCAAAAAACUGCUUGUUAAAGAAACCGUAGACUUUAAUGGCAUAUUUAAUUUAUUUAAAUUUGAUGUAGGCUGCAGUAAUUGCCCUCCUCAAAGGUAGAAUUUAUACACUAAUCAAGCUAUAGUACCUGCAUAAUAUUGGGCAGCUUGAGGGACAUUUGUUUCCACCAUAUGGAGGACAUUAUAUCACCUUUACAAACCAAGUAGCAUCGUAAUUAUAAGGUGAGCACUACAACAAGCUGAACAAACAUGUAGGUCUGCUUGUAAACGUGCUGUCAAACUUUCCUUUAUGGCUUCAUAUACGAGUGUUAAUUACUUCCUACUUUAAGCUUGCUCUGUGGCUGUGGACAUCACAGAUUUCUGUUUACCUCUAGUGAAUUAACCCAUCAGAACCCAGACCCAUUUCUCCUUGAAGGGAAAUUAUGGGGGAUAUACCACAGACCAAGUAGAACUUAUAGAACACAUUUCUGAUGUUUUUUUCAAUUUCAAAAAUGUCAAAUAUGUUUUGUGACCUAAAAGUCACAAUGGGCAUUUAUGGUAAAUAAAUAUUUUAUUAAUACCUAAAUAAUUUGACAUUAUUUUUUGUUUAUAUUGCUUCAAAUAUACUUUAAAUUGAACAACAGGGCAUAUAUUCAUUCUAAAUAAACAGUGAAAUUAAUUGAGUAGCCUAUCACCUUCUUUGUUAUUGUUACAGACGUCACAUCCAUGACAACUUUACGAUUAAAAGCCCAAUGUGUUAACGUA